CCGCCGGCGAAGAGGAGGAGGGGCGCGCGGCUUCCGGCGGCCGGGGGGUGCGGCGGGCGGGGGGCCCGUCCCGGAGGCGGCGGCGGCGCCAUCUUGGCGAAGGGGGGAUCAGGAAGUGCGGACCGCGGCGGCGGCGGCGGCGGCGGAGCCCGGAGCGGAGGCCGGAGGCUCCCGGCCCGCCGGCCCCGGAGCGGAGCGGAGCGGAGGAUGCAGCAGCCGCAGCCGCAGGGGCAGCAGCAGCCGGGGCCGGGGCAACAGCUGGGGGGCCAGGGGGCGGCGCCGGGGGCCGGGGGCGGCCCGGGGGGGGGCCCGGGGCCGGGGCCCUGCCUGAGGCGGGAGCUGAAGCUGCUAGAGUCUAUCUUCCACCGCGGCCACGAGCGCUUCCGCAUUGCCAGCGCCUGCCUGGACGAGCUCAGCUGCGAGUUCCUGCUGGCCGGGGCCGGAGGGGCCGCGGCGGGGGCGGCGCCCGGCCCCCAUCUACCCCCGCGGGGGCCGGUGCCCGUGGACCCCGUCCGCAUCCACUGCAACAUCACGGAGUCGUACCCUGCUGUGCCUCCCAUCUGGUCGGUGGAGUCUGAUGACCCUAACUUGGCUGCUGUCUUAGAGAGGCUGGUGGACAUAAAGAAAGGGAAUACUCUGUUGUUGCAGCAUCUGAAGAGGAUCAUCUCCGAUCUUUGUAAACUCUAUAACCUCCCUCAGCAUCCAGACGUGGAGAUGCUGGAUCAGCCCUUGCCAGCAGAGCAGUGCACACAGGAAGAUGUGUCUUCAGAAGAUGAAGAUGAGGAGAUGCCUGAGGACACAGAAGAUCUAGAUCACUAUGAAAUGAAAGAGGAAGAGCCGGCUGAGGGCAAGAAAUCUGAAGAUGAUGGCAUUGGAAAAGAAAACUUGGCCAUCCUAGAGAAAAUUAAAAAGAACCAGAGGCAAGAUUACUUAAAUGGUGCAGUGUCUGGCUCGGUGCAGGCCACUGACCGGCUGAUGAAGGAGCUCAGGGAUAUAUACCGAUCACAGAGUUUCAAAGGGGGAAACUAUGCAGUUGAACUCGUGAACGACAGUCUAUAUGAUUGGAAUGUCAAACUCCUCAAGGUUGACCAGGACAGCGCUUUGCACAACGAUCUCCAGAUCCUUAAAGAGAAAGAAGGAGCUGACUUCAUCCUACUUAAUUUUUCCUUUAAAGAUAACUUUCCUUUUGACCCACCGUUUGUCAGGGUUGUGUCUCCAGUCCUCUCUGGAGGGUAUGUUCUAGGCGGAGGUGCCAUCUGCAUGGAACUUCUCACCAAACAGGGCUGGAGCAGCGCCUACUCCAUAGAGUCAGUGAUCAUGCAGAUCAGCGCCACACUGGUGAAGGGGAAGGCGCGUGUGCAGUUUGGAGCCAACAAAUCUCAGUACAGUCUGACGAGAGCACAGCAGUCCUACAAGUCCUUGGUGCAGAUCCACGAAAAAAACGGCUGGUACACACCCCCAAAGGAAGACGGCUAACCCCGGAGCAUCAUCCCUUCCUCCCUCCCCAGGCACCACUGGACCAAUUACCUUUGAAUGCUGUAUUUGGAUCUCACGCUGCCUCUGUGGUUCCCUCCCUCAUUUUUCCUGGACGUGAUAGCCCUGCCUAUUGCAGGACAGUGAUGGCUAUUCUAAACGCUAAGGGAAAAACACAGAACUGUUCCAAGUACUCAAGACUGACUUACAGACCAUCCACCUUGCUGGAACCCUUGCUAGCAGGCAUUCUUAUAAAGAAACUUUUGAGCCUCCUUAUAUUGCUGGAAACUCAGCUGUGCUCCAGACUAGAGCCUCCUUACCUAUGCUAUGGAUUUUUAAUUUAUUUUCUCUUAUUUCAUGUACACUGCUUUUUUUGGUUACAGUGUAUGAUGGAUGUGUAUGAAAAAAAUGUAUCUUUGGGAAAACAAUUACAGUUUGUUAAUUUGAA